CGGAUAAAGCGGAGCGGAGCUGUGGCGCGCGCGCGCGUGCGGCGUGAGGGCUGUGCUGUAGGCGACGCGCCAAGAGUUUAGCCGAGCGAGCGUGGCGAGCCGAGGGCCCCCGGCAGUGCGCGCGGUAUGGAGACCCUCGAAUCGAGCCGCGUGUGCCGCCUCUGCGGCCAGCAAUCGGGCAUCUCGAUCAACAUCUUCGACGAGAGUGAGAAUCAUGUCCGGAAAAUCAACACCGUGCUACCGAUCAUGGUGCACGAGAUGGAUCUACUGCCGAAACAGAUGUGCCACCGGUGCAGCUACAAGUUGGAGGAAUUCCACAAGUUCUACCUAGAGUGCUGGAAGACGGACACGGCGCUCAAGAAUCAGCUGUCGUGGAUGCGGAAGGGUGGCGGCAGGGAGAAGACCGGCGUGCCGAUGGUGCACAUCGAGAACGUGAAGAUCAAAGCGGAGCCGGUCGAUUACGAUGUGUACGAGCUGGAGCCGCUGGUGGAGAACAUCGACUACAUCAACUCGAUGAACUCGGUGGCGUUUCCGGCCGGCGGCAUUCCCGACGGGUUGACGUACGCUGCGUUCUCGCGCUGCCGAUGCUGCUGUGAUAAGAAGGACCAAAGCAGACCGAGGAGAACCGCAGCGGGGCUCUGCCAGAAUUACGAGGGACAGAUGCCGGAAUGCGGCAGAAUCGCGGACGUCUCGCGGAAGCAGACUCUCGACGACACCGCCGCACGAUUGAAGCCGUUUAAGCGGAGCCUGUUUGCGCAGUCGGCGUUCCCAGAUUGUCCGCAGAAUCGUCCACCGCGCCGCGUCAACGACCACGGGAGAGCGCGAGAUCGUCUGUCCGCAGACACCAGUACCAAAGAAGGUGUAGCCCCGCCGGAAACGCGGAAUCAUUCUCACGGUGAACUCUCCGGCGUCUUUCCUUCUAAGAGCCGGAUGAUUGCCAAGAGCACAGUAGUUCGGAAUCUGAGACCCAGGAAGAAUCUGGUGAACUAUGCGCAGGAAAGGAAGAAACUGUCGAGUGUCAUUCCGGGACCAUCCGCGUUGAGCAAGUCGAGCGUCUCUCACGCGAGGACGUUAUCUUCGGACUUCGAGCCGACGCGGCAGACGGAUGAGUCCGUAGGACGUAGCUUAAGGCCGAGGAAGAAUGUCGUAGACUAUCAGGAGCCAAAGAUGAGGAAAGCCUCGGAGCAUCGCGCGAAGAGGCGCAAGACGGACGAGCAGAGUUCGAAACUGUAUUCGAAAAACGAGAGUGCGUCGAGCUCUUUAAACCUCAAAAUAAAGCAGGAGGUUCUAGACAAUUUGGAGGAUGUGAUGCUCAGUGAAACGACCAACGUGACGCCUCGAUUACCGAGCAAAUUUGUCGCUUUACCCGCGAAGGUCGAGGCAACGACGAACAACAAUGACGUCAGUCUAAGAGACGACUAUCUCAAGUCGCAAUUUCGAGGUCAGUUCCAACUGGCCGAGCGAAGGUCGUUCUCCAACAUUAUGAAGAACAGGUUGGAGAGGCCGAAGAAGACGUGUCGGUUCCCCACGGCAAACUGUUCGCCGAAGUGUCUGAGAAGUCAGGACGUUUAUUUGAGGAACGGCAAGGCGAGGAAGAACGAUUAUGUAGAGUGGUCGGUGAAGAGACUGCAGACGAGGAAGCUGGUGGACACGAUCAACAAAGGCGCGAAGAAGUCAUCGAUGCUGAAGCUGUCCGAGAACAUCAAGCGCUAUUGCGAGACAUGCAAUGCCAGUUUUAAGAAUAAUGAAUUGUUCAGAUUACAUGCGUGUUACUACGAUUGAUCUUUCCCCAAAUUUUCGAGAGACACGAAAGCCACGAGUUGUCUGAAGAUUGUACAAAAGAUUGAGCUCAUUGGCGACGGAAAGGUUAUUUUGGGGGGAAAGGCUGCAGCCCCUCUUCCUUCUCGAACAGAUAGAUGAUGGCGAAGGAAGCUCCCGUAAUUGAUAGAAACGAAAGUAAAAAUAUGAAAUCAGUAAAAGUUUAUUAAACUUCAAUAAUGUAUUGUAUCUAUAACAAAAGAUAUAACAAAUAUCAUUGAAUGAAGGUAAUAUUUUAUUUUGAAUGAAUCUUUUUAGUUUUAAAGUCGAAAAAUAGACGCGAAGAUAUCUUUAUACUGUUAUUGCGACAAAUAUUACCACAUACCACAGUGGUCGAAUUAGUGAAACGCCCGUCUAGAAAGUAGGGAAGUCCAGGUUCAAACCCUGGGUGAGGUAAUAUUUUUCGUAAUGUAUUAAAACACUGGCCGGUUAAUGUCAAUUGGCUUGAUUAUUGCUUUCUAGUUUUACUGACAAAAAAAAUUGAAUAUUUUUACCACGGUGAUUUGUUUGGGAUGUCAUUUUUAUCAUAUAAUAUUAUAAUUAUCAUUUUAAUAUGUAAUUAUAGUAUUAUGUAUUAUUAUAAUUAUCAUAAUCAUAAAUAUCGACAGACUAAGUCUCUAUAACUCAACUUUUUUUCGUGUCCAAAAAGGAAUUACGUAACGCGAAGCCAGCAUUUUUAAUUUUUUAUUAUAAGGAAACGGUUUGUAACUUGAAAUGAGGUGCUACGCUAAAUUUUGUGUGUGUGUGAUAAAAAAUAAAAUUAAAAAAAUAUAGAUAUAUGAAUUUGUGAAUUAAAAGUCACAAGGCGUGUAGAGGGUUAAUAUGCAAUAUAGCAUCUAAUUUUUAUAGGUUCAACAAGUAACAAAAGACUGAUUUAUAAUGUUGGAGGUUCAAUUUUGGGGAGGAAGAGGGUGUAGCUUAGUCCUUACCUUUCGCCAAUGAUUAAGAUGUCUUCAAGGUAUCUCUGCUAACAGUCGAAGAAAAUGGGCACUUCUUGUCGAAGUAUAAAAAAUGCAUAAAGGGGAUUAAAAAUUCAUGUGAUUGAAUGACAAUGUGUGUAUAUAUCUUUCAAUUUGCUUCUCUUUUUUUUAAUAUCUUGCUCACAAAAUGGAAAGUGCUUUUGUUUAAGUUUAUAUAUUAUAAGGAUAACGAGAUGAUAGUUUAUAAAAUGUGCCUGUCCUGAAAAAUUUGACCAAAUUCUUAUACUUACUUUUUGCAAUAUCGACUAAUUGAUUUUUUUUACUUCUUGAUUCAUUCGAUUUUUCUUUUCGAAAUCAAUUCUCUUGAUAGAAUAGAUUAUUGUAUUAUCAAGUGCAAGGGUAAAUGGGAAAAUAGCAGGUUCUUUAUGUACAUAACGUACUUUAUUUAGAUUUCAUAUUAUCUGGUACUAUCUUUAAUAUAUGAUUUAUGUUCCAUAAGCGAUAUAGAUGUAUAUUGCAUAAUAUUAUAUGUACCCAUGUACAUACUUAGAUUUUGUUUGACUUAAAUACGUUGAACUAUGACGAUUGUUGCGACAUACGCUUAAGAUUUUAUGUAGAAAUUCACAAGUCGCCUUCAAAGAUUGAGAAAUAAUUAUACGAAUAUAGAGAUAGAGGUAUAUUUUAUGAGAGAAAAAGAAAUAUAUAUUAUAUGUCGAUAUUCGAUGAAAACAUGUGAUAUGUGUAUAAAAAUAAUAACCGACUUUUUGGAGAACUCCAAAGUUAUGUAAGUCGACGGAUGUAAUAGUCCAAAAUUGAAAUCUUUCUACUGGUACACCGCAAUUUUGUAUAUUAGUAUAUACGAUCUCCAUAGUUUAACGAUUGUUCGAAAAAGAAUUACAUUGCACUCCAUAAAAAGUUAAACACAAGUUUACUUUAUGGGGAUUUAAUAUAUUCAAAUUUAUAUUAAUCGCCAUCAUUGGACACACGCUGUAAAAUAUUUGUUAAAUGACUAAUUACAUUCUAUUUUUUCAGCAUUGUUGAAUAAAUCGAGUUAUGUCAUUAAAUCUUUCAUUCACGGCGAUCAUGCAGAUAAAUUACAUCGAUUAGCUGCAUAGGUUUAUGCAGUCCCUUAUUGUUGCAAAGUGUUUCCCUGAAUUAUCUGUCUGUCGAUACACAAAGAAAUAGUUAUUGUUAUAUGCGGUAGAUAUAUCUUUCUCAUAUCAUUUAACUGAUUAAUAAAUGUUAUAUAAUUAUAUAUACGUGUAAAAUAUGCAAUUGCAAUGAUUAUAAAGUCACCGUCCCGAUCUUCCAUCAUUUUUCUCGUAUCUUCUUAAAAGCUCUACAUGUAUACAAUAUUAACUGACACUGUUAUAAAGUGAACAUGGCAGAUCUGAAACGGCAAUAAAAUGUUUCGAAAAGU